ACAUGUCAAAUCAUCAAAACAAAAUAUAAAUGAGAAUAACAAAAUAUCACGUUCAUGUACGUACUUAUAGGUAUUGUUAUUAUCAAAUAAAUAUUGAAUAAAGAAUACCAUAUAAAGUAAUUAUUUCAUAAAAAUGUUAAUUUCUUUAAAGAAAACCCAUAAAGAACAUUUACAUUUUCUGACACUUCAACAAGUUAAAAUUGUUGAAGACUUCUGUACUUUAGCAAUAGAUUUUGUAGACAAUGGCCCUAAUUUAGAAAAUUAUACUGCAUUAUCGAAGAAAUUAGAAGUGGAAACAGAUGUUAUACAAAAUUGCAUUUAUGGUAUUACACAGUUAUUAUUACUCAGUUGUAAACAUAAGUUGAGUGAUGCAGAUUUUAGAGAUUCGAUUCUCACAUUAGGAUUUUCUUCAGACCAACAGGUCGUAUUAAGUAAUUUGUACAGUGCAAAACAAGAUGAAAUACAUGCAGUUCUUGAAGUUUCUAUUCCAGAACCACACUAUGAUGACCUACGAUGGAGAUUUGAGGCUCAAGUAUCAUCAAGAUCACUUCUAAAUCAUGUAGUGCCAGUUAUAACUAUUGAACUUACAACUAAAACAAAUGUUGAUGGAACAGUAGAAACGGAAAAGUGUAAUCUUCAAACUGAUCAGAAUAAUUUAUUACAUAUUAUUAAUGAGUUAGAAAGAGCACUUUCUGAAUCUAAAAGCAGACAUUCUAGAAAGAUUCAGAGAGCUCUGAAAAAUUAAUAUUUUGAAUUAUAAAGAGCAUAAUAAAAUCUUUGUUGUUUAUUUCUAAA